GAUUGAGUAGCAAACAGAAAUUUUGUGCAUCUUUGCUCUUGCGCUUGUCUAUUGGAUUACUUACGCGUACCUACAGUAUCAUUAUUCUCCGUCAAUCCGGACUACUUGAAACAAUCAACCGAUAUAUUUACAAACUUCAAAGAAUUUCAGUUUGGGACACGCGAGCUGGAAACAUGUGAGGAUUUUGUGGAGAGAAGAGAAAUCCGUAAAAGGCUCAGAGAACUCAGACAGAAGAAAAUGGAAGCACCCGACCCAGAGCCUGCCAGCCAAAGUGGAAGUCGUAGACAUCGCAAAGAAGAACACACUGAGGAAAUCACCACCACAUCAACUGAUGGUGUAACAGUUACAGAAACACAUACUACUAAAACUGAAAUAGUGGAAAAUGGAGAUGUGGUUAAAAGUGAAGAAAACGUCGAGGUAUCCAGUAGGGUUGAAUCAGUUCCAGAUGUGGAGGCUGAACCAGAAGCUGAAGAAGAACCAGAACCUGAGGCUGAACCUGAGGCUGAAGCAGAAAAUGCUGAGGCUACCCCGGAAGAAGAAGAACCCCCACCCCAAGAGGAAGAAUCAGAAAAUGUACCACCUUAUAUGCAGAAAAAUCCAGAAGAUCUAACAGAAAAAGAUAUUGAAGAGAUUGAUGAUUUAGAUUUCUUAGAGACAACACUUAAUCAGUUGCCAAUAAAGUUCUUUGACGUUCGCAAACAUCUGCGAACAAGAAUUAGAGUUGUGAAAGUCAAUCAAGGAGCAAACUUUAGGCAAGGGCAAGUCGCGCGCUCCAAGGGGAAAAUGUUUGAAAAGCAAAGUAAAGAUGAUACCGAUUACAAAAGAGGGAAUCCAUCUCGAAUAGCAAAGUAUGGGAAAGAAAAYGCCUUCUUGAAAAGAGACGAAACAGAUGGCUCACGGAGUAAAAUGGAAACUGAUACUCGCCUAACCGGACAUUUUCUUGAUGAAAAGAACAACGCGGAAAUUGGUGUUUGUGAUUUUGAUAAUUCGGAGGAAAGUUGCCCAGUAAGCCAGGAAUCAUUUUCAAUCGAACAGAUUGCUAGUGACACAUUGUUACACAGACUAGAUGAGCCUGGUUUAGCAAAUGAACAAGAAAAAGAAMCCGAAGUUUACUCAGAAGACGAAGAAGCGUCGUCGUUGUCUUCUCCCAGUGUCGCAUCAAGUUUAUCAGACGUGGAAAACCCUUCCGCUAUUGUGUCUGCUUCGGACCAAAGUGAAAAUACUAAAAAGACAAGGGAUGACACUAUAACUGCUCAUAUACUCGAACCGUUAGAACCUGGAAARAAGAAAACAGAUUUUCGAUCACAACUUAAGAAAACAGGCUUGAGUCCYAGAUUGAACCUUUCUUCCUCGGGUAAAAUAUCGUCCCUUACAAAAAAGGAACAAUCCGAAAAAGUCGAUCUUCGAAAGAAUCUUAAAAGUGUUCCUGGUUCAGGAUCAUUCACGAGAUGGGGAUCUUGGUCAGAAAAAUAUGGUCCAUCAUUAAGGGAGAGACCCUCUAAACGAGUUGAAGAAGAACCUCCAAAGCGACGAAUAUCAAGCGCGGAGCUAUUCGACCUUGUACGUAAACGCGAUGAACCCAAGCCCGCAGAAGAGAAGCAACGAAAGACUAGCCUACCAUAUAAAUAUGAGCCUCCAAAAAUAGUGGAACCAGAGGACCAAAGCUUUGACAGYCUCAUGGCACAGCGCAAGAAGARUUCWUCACGACAAUUCAGUCCUACUGAUCUAAGAAAAUCGCCUACAAAAUACGCUCCUGCCUGGUCACCUAAACAACUACGAAAACCCACGUACGUUCCUCCAUUGCCUGGAGCUGCUAGGAAAUUAUCCGCGGGAAGCAUUGGAAACAUUGGUAGCGAAGGUAGUGAUAAGAAAGAUGGUGUUCCAGAUGAAGACAUCGAUAAAAUUUUGAAGGAAAUUAAUGUGGAGAAUCUUGAGGUUGAGGAAACCAAACCCGUCUCUMGACCAAAGAGAAAAACCUCCUCAGGAAAUAUCAAAUGGGUUCAAGGACCACAGAUUAACAUCCAAGAUAAAAGUCAACUAAGCGCCUUACGCCAACAAAUUGAACACGAAAAGAAAGAAAAAGAGGGAGGAGUCUCGACCACCACCACAAAAACCACCGAAAUACGCCGUGAUGGUGGCGGCACAACAUUCACAAAAACCACAAGCACCACUACUACACGAGGAGCGUCUGGAGGGAUCAGUGGUAGAGGAGGCUUAAGAAACUUCGAAGCAGAAAUGGCCAAAAAGAAAAAGGAAAGACAGGCCGCAAAGGCACAGCAAUUCAAGAGUACAAAAGACAAAAGAAACGCAUUCAAAGAUCAAUUAGAAGCCGCWAACCCCAAACCAGCUGGAGGUGUUAAAAAGUCAUUCAGUCAACCAAACACAGCAGUAAAUGCAUUGCUUGAAUGGUGCAGAAGGAAAACACGUGGAUAUGAGAAUGUUGAAAUUCAAAACUACACGACAAGUUGGGCAGAUGGACUAGCAAUGUGUGCACUAUUUCAUAAUUUCUCACCAGAUCUUGUUCCUUGGGAAUCUUUGGAUCCUAAAGAUAGAAAGAGAAACUGGACACUUGCUUUUGACGCAGCCUAUGCUGAGGGCAUGGACCCUCUCUUGGAAUUAGAAGAUGUGUUGUGUACCCCAGUACCUGAGCCUAGAAGUUUGAUUACAUAUAUACACAGCAUCUACCAACAUUUCCAUGACAAGGCAGAAAAAGCCAAGGCAGAAAAACAACAAAGUGGAUAAAUCAAAUAUAGCAAGACRGAGGAGAUAUCACAUGAAUUAGCUCUGGACAGUAUUACAUUGUAGCUGAACUACCCCUCUGGAAAAUGCCAUGCAAUGGCAAAAAAUAGCUUUACGUAGAAAAUCAGUGAAAAAUAACAUAAAAAUAGUGCAGUGCAGUUAGUAAUGGGUAUUUGCAUCCAACACUUUUCUAACUUCUUCAAGAUGGCCUUGAAUAUUUUUCUUUAACUUAAAGAGUUUUUCUAAGUUUUCUUGAAAGAAUUUUUUCUAGUGAAGAAAUACAGAAUUAUGGAAUUAUUUUAUAAGUGCACUUAGAGGCCUAUUAGAAGUGCAAUAAUUAGAAUUUGUUUUGUACAAAAGUACAGUGUUAUACACAAAGUAACUAAGUAUAUGAUUAAAAUAUUAUUAGUGUUAUURUUAGGAUUUAGAUUUGACUCUCUAUAUAUCUAGUCUAAUAUUUUGAUGUGAUUGCCAAGACUACUAAUAAUAAUUGUAAUUACAUAAUUUAGAUAUAAAUAUAUCACAGACUGUUUUACAAUAUCAAAAGUCCACCAUUGGAUUGCUGUAAUAUUAUCAGAUGUUUUUGAGAGGUCCUGUCAAUCAUACUAAAAUGGGGAUUAAAAAUAAGAAUAAAAAGCAUAUAUUACAUAACUCUUUUUCUUUAAAUUUUGUCAUCCUAAAAGGCAUAAAAAAGAAUUUUUUUAAAGAAACACUUUCAAUGUCGUUCCAUAGGGAAAAAUGACUUGAAAAUAAUAAUUCAAAUUAGUUUUUACGGAUUCCAAACUGGUGAUAUUUAGCCUAACAGAUAAAUUCCCAUGAUAGAAUUUGCAUAUAUAUUGAGAAAAAAAUGUACAAAAAAAUAUCAAUGACAGACUAGCUAACCACAGGGAUGGUUAUUAGAGUACACUUACAAAAAGAAAUGGCCACCAUGCAGUGGACUCUUCACAAAAACAUUUUUCUAGCUCAGUUCACAUGUAAUAGUUGGCAAURAUUGCAGUUUAGAAUUUGUGAAUGAUAUACCUUGUGGUGGGAAAAUUUUAUUCAUUGAAGCUUUUGAGACAGCAUUUAUCCAAUCUGAAUUCAAAAGAGGUGUGCAUGCUGUCUCAGAAAAUUUCAAUGUAUGUAAAACUAAUAAGUUUAAUACAUAGAAAGCCUAAAUGGGAAAUAAUGUAACCAUAGACAAAAAGUAUUUGSCUAAGUGCCAAUCACUGGAGUUUAUAUAAUAAACAGAACAUCACAUGA